AGCCUUUAACCUCUCCUCCUUUACAUGUUAUCCCAGUUUCCCUUUCUGCCCCCCACCAAUACUUUGGUCUCUUCUGCACCCCUUCCCCUAUUCCCUUGUGUUCACUCCACCCCAUAGUGCUCUCUCGUCUCUCAGCUCACCAACCAUUACUAUGACUUUGAUUUUCCUGCUGCAGCCGAUGGGACUGAUGCUUCUGUACGGCCCGGGGAGCGUCUCUAAAGCCAGCGCUAUUGGACAGUAUGUAGGGGCUUCAAUUAGAGACAGUCACUGUCUGAUUACGCCGCACGUCACAGAGAAACCUUAGUAAGUUGCUGCGAAAUGCCAUCUCUCCGUCGCAUCGGUAGGAAAUCUAAACAGAUGCAACACUACGGCCAGUCCCGCUCCUACACGCUUCCCACGAGCUACAACAGGAAUUCCGAGCAGGAAAGGAAGAGGAGGCGCAGAAAGAGACGUCCGUGCGUCGUGACAUCACAUCCGCUCCCCCUCCCAUGACAAGGAUCUGAUACACACAAGACACAGGAGUGUAUUUUUAACAUACAGCUGACAUGAUGACAUUAUGACAUUAUAUGAAACGAUGGCCUAUGACAUUACUGCCUGUGCAUUCCACCAUCUCCUGCCGUGUUCCCAGACCUUCCCCUUAGCUUUGGUUUAGUCAGCUGGAUGUGAUGGAACUCAUGUUUGCAGAGUGGGAGGAUGGCGAGAGAUUUUCCUUUGAAGACUCUGAUAGGUUUGAGGAAGACUCGCUCUGUUCCUUCAUCUCUGAAGCGGAAAGUCUGUGCCAGAACUGGAGAGGAUGGAGGAAACAAUCUGCAGGGCCCAAUUCACCCACUGUCAAAAUUAAAGAUGGGUUAGUGAAUCCUUUGGUAGAGCUGUCUGCUAAACAGGUGGCAUUUCACAUUCCGUUUGAAGUGGUAGAGAAAGUCUAUCCCCCAGUGCCGGAGCAGCUGCAAUUGCGCAUUGCUUUCUGGAGCUUUCCUGAGAAUGAGGAGGAUAUCAGGCUUUACUCAUGCUUGGCCAAUGGCAGCGCCGAUGAGUUCCAGAGAGGAGAGCAACUCUUUCGGAUGAGAGCAGUUAAGGAUCCCCUACAGAUAGGUUUCCACUUGAGUGCCACUGUAGUUCCUCCCCAAAUGUUGUCCCCAAAGGGCGCCUACAAUGUUGCUGUGAUGUUUGAUCGUUGCCGGAUCACUUCAUGCAGCUGUACCUGUGGAGCUGGUGCCAAGUGGUGUUCGCAUGUUGUGGCCCUCUGCCUCUUCAGGAUACACAAUGCGUCGGCGGUCUGUCUGCGUGCUCCAGUCUCAGAGUCCUUAUCUCGGCUGCAGAGAGACCAGUUACAAAAAUUUGCUCAGUAUCUCAUCAGUGAGCUGCCUCAACAGAUUCUUCCUACUGCUCAGCGUCUUCUAGAUGAGCUGUUAUCUUCCCAGUCAACAGCAAUUAAUACAGUGUGUGGAGCUCCAGAUCCAACAGCAGGACCCUCAGCCUCAGACCAGAGCACAUGGUAUCUGGAUGAGUCUACUUUGAGUGACAAUAUAAAGAAAACACUCCAUAAGUUUUGUGGUCCUUCUCCAGUUGUCUUCAGUGAUGUGAACUCCAUGUACCUCUCUUCCACGGAGCCACCAGCAGCAGCAGAAUGGGCAUGUCUCUUGCGUCCUUUGCGAGGAAGGGAACCUGAGGGCAUCUGGAACCUGCUGUCUAUAGUCAGAGAGAUGUUUAAGAGACGAGACACCAAUGCCGCCCCUUUACUAGAGAUCCUUACUGACCAAUGUUUGAAUUAUGAGCAGAUAACAGGCUGGUGGUACAAUGUGCGCACAUCUGCAUCUCACAGCAGUGCCAGUGGGCACACAGGUCGUAGUAAUGGGCAAUCAGAAGUUGCUGCUCAUGCAUGUGCUAGUAUGUGUGAUGAGAUGGUAGUACUCUGGAGAUUGGCAGUGUUAGAUCCUACAAUUAGCCCACAAAGACGCAGGGAUCUUUGUGCUCAACUCCGUCAAUGGCAGCUGAAAGUUAUUGAAACUGUUAAGAGAGGGCAGCACAAGAAGUCUCUAGACAAACUCUUCCAGGGCUUCAAACCAGCUGUGGAAGCAUGUUACUUCAACUGGGAAGAAGCUUAUCUUAUCCCUGGCAUCACCUACUGCAGCACAGACAAGAAGAACUCCUUCUGCUGGGUCAAGGCAUUUCAGCAGAGAAGCUGCCGGCUUCAGUGUACUGAUGCAGUAUGUGAUGGUGGACGAGGGCAGGGACAUGAAAAUUGUCACCUCUUUGGAGACAGAUCACGCCCAUGCUCACAGGAGAUGUCUGUGCGUCCCAAAGAACUUGUAGGUAAAAGAAAGGUGACCUCUGAAGUUCCACAGAGGGUCUUGCGAAGACUUUCUGCAGAAGGAGGAGAGAAAACUGUGUAUAAAUCCACAGUGAACAAAGGAAAAAUUGCAGCAAGCAAGUGUCUUGCCAGCAAGCAUAGUGGCAAACGUCGAAUGAGUAGCGAAGACAGCUCACUGGAGCCAGAUAUGGCUGAAAUGAGUCUGGAUGACGGCAGCUUGGCUCUUGGGGCUGAAGCUUGUAACACUUUUAGCUUUAUAGAAUCUCCUCUUAGUAGGAGAUACCAGGACAACUUUGAAGAUGAAGGUGGAGUCUAUUAUUCUGAAGGGCUUGAACCAGAAGUUGGUGGAAGUGGAACAAUAUCAAAGGCUGAAGCUGAUCCAAUUGGGGAAUCUGCUGCUGCUAGUGGAGAAGAAGAUCUGAUAUCUGCAGAUGAGGGGAAAAGCACAAAAACUGAAGAGGUGGGUGAGAAUGGAGCUGUCGGAGGGGGUGGAGCAGAAAGCAAAGAAGCUGAAGAGGGGGAAGUGAGAGAGAAGGGAGAGGAAGAAGACGACUACCAAGCAUACUAUCUGAGUCAUCAAGAAGCAGCAAAGAAUGAAGAUGAAAAAGGAGAUGAAGGACUGGAUGAAGAACAAGACAUAUUUGUGGGAAUAAAACCUCUGGAGCAAGAAAAUCGAAUGGAGGUUCUCUUUGCCUGUGCAGAGGCAUUGUAUGCUCAUGGAUAUAGCAACGAAGCUUGUCGACUUACAGUAGAGCUGGCGCAUGACUUACUUGCUAAUCCUCCAGAUCUGAAAGUAGAGCAACCCCCUACCAAGGGCAAAAAGAACAAGGUCUCAACCAGCAAACAAACAUGGAUAGCAAGCAACACCUUGUCCAAAGCAGCUUUCUUAUUAACAGUGCUGAGUGAGCGUCAAGAGUACCACAAUCUUGCAUUUUGCAUUGGCAUGUUUGCCUUGGAACUUCAGAGACCUCCAGCUUCAACCAAAGCAUUAGAGGUAAAAUUGGCAUACCAAGAGUCAGAAAUUGUGUCUCUUCUAAAAAAGAUCCCAUUGGACAGCAAUGAAAUGAACACUAUCCGUGGCCGAGCAAAGGAUUUACGAGAUGGCACUUUGUGUGAUUACAGACCUGUGCUCCCUCUUAUGCUUGCUAGUUUUAUUUUUGAUGUGUUGUGCACCCCAGUGGUUUCCCCAACAGGUUCCCGUCCUCCUAGUCGUAAUCGCAACAAUGAGAUGCCUGGAGACGAAGAGCUUGGCUUUGAGGCAGCUGUAGCUGCAUUAGGAAUGAAAACAACAGUCAGUGAAGCGGAACAUCCUUUACUUUGUGAAGGCACAAGGCGAGAGAAGGGAGAUUUGGCACUUGCCUUGAUGAUUACCUACAAGGAUGAUCAGUCAAAAUUAAAAAAGAUUUUGGACAAGCUGUUAGACCGAGAAAGUCAGACUCAUAAACCACAGACCCUAAGCUCCUUCUACUCUUCCAGUAAACCUGCAGCAGCCAAUCAAAAAUCCCCAUCCAAACAUGCAUCUCAGUCUAGUACAUCCGUCCUUAUAUCAGGUACCCCACCAGCUCAUCAGCAGCAAGGAGUAGCCAGUGCAGUCCAUGGAGGCCUGGGAGAAAAUUUUCCAGAGAAAAGCACACAGGAUAGCUCCCAAAAAUCAACUGGAGAGCCCUCAGGGGAAGCACAUGUGUAUAAGCAGGAAGGGAAAGUCCCAAGCCGCCUGGCUUUGGGGAACCGAGGAGGUUACAAUGGGAGAUGCUGGGGUUCACCAGUGCGUCAAAAGAAGAAGCAUACAGGCAUGGCUAGUAUUGAUAGCAGUGCCCCAGAAACCACAUCCGACAGUUCCCCAACCCUGAGCCGCCGUCCUUUGCGUGGUGGUUGGGGAGCUACACCCUGGGGAAGAGGACAAGAUAGCGACAGUAUCAGCAGCUCCUCCAGCGACUCUUUGGGAUCAUCAUCUUCCAGUGGCAGCAGGAGAGCCAGUGGGGGAGCUCGAGCCAAGACUGUUGAAGUGGGCCGAUACAAGGGCCGUCGCCUGGAAAGCCAUGCACCCCAUGUUCCUAACCAGCCUUCUGAAGCCGCUGCCCACUUCUACUUUGAGCUGGCUAAGACUGUCCUCAUUAAAGCUGGAGGAAACAGCAGCACCUCCAUCUUCACCCAUCCAUCAUCUAGUGUAGGACAUCAAGGGCCCCACCGCAACCUGCACCUCUGUGCCUUUGAAAUAGGCCUCUAUGCUUUGGGGCUGCACAAUUUUGUAUCUCCAAACUGGCUGUCUAGGACUUACUCCUCCCAUGUCUCCUGGAUAACAGGGCAAGCCAUGGAGAUUGGCAGUGCAGCACUGAACAUUCUUGUAGAGUGUUGGGAUGGGCAUCUCACCCCACCUGAGGUGGCAUCUCUUGCAGACAGAGCAUCCAGAGCCAGGGAUUCCAAUAUGGUUCGUGCAGCAGCUGAAUUGGCUCUCAGCUGUCUUCCCCAUGCACACGCAUUGAACCCAAAUGAGAUCCAGAGAGCUCUGGUCCAGUGUAAGGAGCAGGAUAACAUGAUGUUGGAAAAGGCCUGUAUGGCUGUAGAAGAUGCUGCCAAGGGAGGAGGCGUUUAUCCUGAGGUCUUGUUUGAAGUGGCCCAUCAGUGGUACUGGCUGUAUGAGCAGAUGGUUGGUGGGACUCCCGUGCCGAGAGAGGGGGCUACUGGCUGCAGUACUGGAGGGGCACGGUCGGUGCCAGAAGCAAUUCGUGGACUUUCAGACAACAGGAUGAUCCAGGAUACCUCCACUGUGACUGUCGCAACUGCUGUGACUGCAGCGACUGUUGUGCCAGUGAUAUCAGUAGGCUCUACAAUAUAUCAGCAACAUACUGCAAUGGCUCAUGCACAUACACAGGGUCUCCACCCUUACACCACUCUUCAAACACAUAUACCAUCUGUCUGUAACCCACAGUAUAUUGGUAUCCCUCGCCAGCAACUCUCACAGCCAGCUCUCUUUCCUGUCCCAGGAGCACUGUACACCCAGGCUGUUCACCCAGCAUUCAUCGGGGCCCAGUAUCCCUACACUGUAACAACCCCAUCUCUGGCAGCGACAGCAGUAUCCUUUCCUGGAGCACCGGUCCCUUCAAUGACCCAGAUUGCUGUGCAUCCAUACCAUGCUGAGACAGGACUGUCCCUCUCUUCCAAUGUAGCAAUAGGGAAUGUUCAUACUGGAACAGCAUUUUCAGCCAUCCAAGGGUCAACCAUGACGACACUAAGCACCCAGCCUGCAUCUCUAGUGACGCCAGGCUUCCCUGCAGAAGAUGAACAGCACAGCCAGCCUGUAAGCCCCCAGGGUUUGCACUACCUCCAUUCAGCCUAUCGUGUAGGGAUGCUGGCUCUAGAGAUGCUGGGCAGGAGAGCCCACAACGACCACCCUAACAACUUCUCCAGAAGCCCUCCAUACACAGAAGAUGUGAAAUGGUUACUAGGUUUAGCUGCCAAGUUAGGUGUCAACUACGUGCAUCAGUUCUGUGUUGGGGCGGCCAAGGGGGUGCUGAGUCCAUUUGUUCUACAGGAGAUCAUCAUGGAGACUCUACAGAGACUGAACCCUGCCCACAUCCAUAAUCACCUGCGCACCCCCGCUUUUCAUCAGUUGGUACAGCGCUGCCAGCAGUCUUACAUGCAGUACAUCCACCACAGACUCAUCCACCUCACCCCGGCCGACUACGAUGAUUUCGUAAACGCCAUCCGCAGCGCCAGAGGUGCAUUCUGUCUCACGCCUUUAGGAGCAAUGCAGUUCAACGACAUCCUACAGAAUCUGAAACGUAACAAGCAGACCAAGGAGCUGUGGCAGAGGGUUUCCCUAGAAAUGGCCACCUUUUCUCCUUGACAACACAGGCACAAGUUGAUUAGCAACCAAGGACUCUCUUCGGGGGAUACGAGCUCCUUAAAGAGAAUAGGACUCUACACAUGAUCCAGUUUGGGACUGGACUUAAUGUCUUAGGCUGAAAGUUAUUGCAGUGAGCCAGCGAUGUUACAUUGUUACAUUAGAGCGUUAUGUUAGAGCUUCGCUUCCGUCAGGGAGUGGCUUUCACCCUUCCAACCCCACAACCACGUGGUAGAACUUUGACCGCACCCUUAAAAUAUUUGUACAACGUUGGAUUUCUUUUUUUUUAAUCUAUAGUUAUUUUAUUUUUAGUUUAAGGCUUCACCAAUCACUGGUUUAACAUCAUUCCUCACAUUACGAAACACUUGUUUCAUCGAGCGUUUGAGUGGUCAACUUGGCUGGGAUGAUCUUUCUGGAUUGUAAUUGGCUCCCAGUUUGGGCCACCGCUUCUUCUCCCCACUAGGGUUAGUUUGCAGUGUGUGCACGCCUGUCUUCUGUGUGUGUUUUGUCUUUGCAAAAUAUUUAUUUUAGCUUUUUAUCAAUGUAUUUUUUCCCUUGUAUAACGCACUGGGAGGGAGGGGGUCAAUACUUUUGGCACGAGGGCCAAUUAAAAAGGUAGUCUUCAUGUGUUUCUUCCCAUAGGGGACACUGAAAGGAACUAGCGUGGGUCUGGUAAUUAUCCUUUAUCAUACAGGGUGUGUGGUGUGGCCACGAAAUAAAUUCCUGCCACUGCAGUGUCUCCAAACAUGUUUUGUUUCUUCUGUCCCUCCCCUGUAGCCACCGGCCCUCCUGCAGUUUUUUGCUGUUCAGUUUAUGCUUUGUCCUUUUCUUUGUUUCCUAAUUAAAAGGUAUCUUUACAUGAAA